AUGUGUUUUUGUUUGGGCUCCACAGAGCAGGACCUGUCCGAGCAGAUCAAGAGCUGCAGCUUGGCAGUGGCCCUCAGGCUUUCAUGUCUGAAUACAUCAACUCUUUCUCCUCCUCCUCCUCCUCCUCCUCCUCCUCCUCCUCCUGCAGGGCGCAUCGGCUCUACGUCCAGCAGCAGCUCUUGCGGCAGUUCGGAGUACAGCGGAGAGGUCAUCCCUCAUCACCCAGGACUCCCCAAGCAGGACUCUGGACACUGGUGGUCCAGUUUCUUCUUUGGGAAGCAGCCUGGGAUGACCCCUCUGACUGAGGAGGCACAGCUGAAGGCGGGGGUUCCGGGUGCGGUAACAAAUGGUCAGAUCACCUGCGUUGCCAGGGAGAUGGUGAUGCAACGCCAGGUGAGUGAGAGCAGCGAUGCAGGAAGCCCCACCUCCUCCUGAUCCCGCCGCCUCACUCCGACCCACGCCACACCUCGGGGGAGGGGAAUCAAACCAACGACCAACGCUAGGUGACGGGAGAAUGUCCCGUUUACAACCUUUUAGUUUUUUAUUGUAAUUAUUACUCGCUGUAGUACAGGCUGCCUUUGUUGUUUCCAUGUGUUUUUUAUUGACAACUUAAAAACAAGAAAAGAAAGAAAAAUAUCAAAAAAAGAGAAAUAAGACGACGAUGACGGAACUAAUAAGCUUGUUUUCUAACAUUUGUACUGUUCUGUGUUUGUAAUCCUGCGGUGCAUAGAAACUCUGUGGCCAACACUUCCACACGCUCUGUUCAACAUUUUUCACCCUGUGGUUGCAAACGCAAAAAUAAAGUAGACUCUCGCAGCCUAAA